UCUAGUAGGAUUUGAAUCUGGUGCUGUGGUGCUGUGGGACCUGAGGAACAGAGCUGCAGAGAUGAGAGUACAGAACACUGAGCCUCUCAAGUCUGUUUCAUGGCAUCAUGAUGGGAAACAGUUUAUGUGUAGCCACACAGAUGGCAGCAUUAGCACUUGGAACCUCAGGACACCGUUAAAACCCACAACAGUCAUGCACCCUCAUGCACAAGCAACAAGCAAAGAGAGUAAAGCUGGACCUUGUAAAACAAUUUAUAAGGUAGAGUGGAAGACAGUCCGGGGAGGAGACUCGUUUGUUAUCUUUUCUGGGGGUUUACCUCACGAGAAAACUGGGAAGACACUUAGCCUAACAGUCAUUCACGGAAAAACAACAACAGUUCUGGAGAUGGAGCACAAUAUUGUAGAUUUUGUUACACUUUGUGAGACACCCUGGCAGAGUGACUUUCAGGAACCUUAUGCUAUAGUGGUGCUUUUAAAUAAUGACCUGGUUGUGGUGGACUUAACUAGUCAAGGGUAUCCCUGUUUCCAGAAUCCUUACCCCAUGGACCUACACGAAUCUCCUGUCACCUUUUGUACGUACUUCGCCGAGUGCCCCACGGACCUUAUCCCAGCUUUUUACUCUGUAGGUUCUAAGGGAAGCAAACGCUCGGGAUUUUCGGAGAAAGAAUGGCCCAUUUGUGGUGGAGAAUGGGGAACGGGGACAGUAAGCUAUCCUGAAAUAAUCAUUACAGGGCAUGCUGAUGGUUCCCUUAAGUUUUGGGAUGCGUCAGCAGUUGCUCUUCAGGUUCUCUACAAGUUGAAAACAUCUAAGGUGUUUGAACGACAAAAAACAAAAAGUGUAGAUGGACAGGAAGAUGACCCUUUUGCUGUGGAACAGAUCUACCUUUGUGUAGAAAGUAGAGUGCUUUGUGUGGCUGGAGCUAGCUCUCACGUGAUUAUGUUCAAGUUUAAUAAACAAGAAAAUACAUCAGAAGUGACAGUUUUAGAAAUACCUAUUAUUUAUGAUAUCGAUGAUGACCCUGAAUGCUCUCCAGAAGCGGAUUGCUCUCCUCGACCAACCCUCGGGGUGGCAUUCCAGCAGGGAUCUUACUCGAGUGCCUCUGAAGAUAGUGCCAAAAAGCAGCCAACUGCAGAAUAUUAUGUGCCAUUGAAAGUGAAAAGUGGCCCCCAGAAGAGGGCUGCUGGAUUUCAAGCUGAGUUAGUUUGUCUUACGCCCUGGGUUGAUGGAGAACCACCUGGUCGUAUCACUGCCUUAAGUGUCAACUCUUCAUAUGGCCUAAUGGCCUACGGAAAUGAAUGUGGCUUGGUUGUAGUUGACAUCGUUCAGCGGAUCUGCUUGUUAAAUAUGGGGACACCAGACCUCUAUGGUUCAUCAGAUCCCUAUCAAAGGGUUCCUCGUUCACCGAAGAAAAAUCCCGUAACAUCUAUGAAUGAUAACGGAUCUUUAGAACAAGACAGAUGUCGUUCGCCCACAUCUGACCAGCUAGCUGGCCCUGUAGUGACAGCAGAACCCCAUUUAACUUUUUCUCAGUCCACCUCAUCUAGUCACGCGGUAAGUUCUAGCCACUCGUCACAGUGUGAUAAUAUUAGCUCCGAGGUUGUAAAUUCAAGUGAUAAUGCAAGGCCAGUGAGGCCUCCUAGAAGGAAAACUAAAAAACUUCAAAACACUGGUCCUAAGUCUUGUAAAGCUGGUGAAGAAAGAGACAUUGAAAAUAAUGAAGUAAUAGAAUCUCCAGAAUUAGAUGCUGUUUGUCAGAAUAAUGUGGAACAAAAGCACGAAACGGGUUUACAAAAUCACCAGCCAGCAUGUGUUACUGCAUCUUCUCCAUUGGGUGAACAAAGUGUUUUCUAUGUCGAUAUCGUGAGCGGUUAUUGUAGCUUGGAAAACAAGAACUCGUCAAUGCGGGAUACAUGCAAUGGAGCCGUUGAUGCAGAAAGUAAAGCAGAAAGUCAAGAACAAAAGGGUUCUCAGAUGAAAAGGGGUAAAAGUCUUUGGAAGCAGAACCCCCUAAAAAAUAUUAAACGAUGUGCCUCUCAGGUUGACAACGUGCCUACUGAUGCAGUGGAUGGUGAGGAAAGUGAAUUGAAGCAGAAGGAGGGGAUGAUGAAAAAAGACAAAAGGAAAACCAGACGAAUAAUAAUUGAUCUACGAUAUGAUGUUGAGACACCUACGUCACCCAUGGUUAAGAUGUUUGACAAGAUCGACAGUUCUUUUUCUCGAUCUCGAAGUUCUAGCAUGUCGAGUCUUGAAAACAUCAGUGCUGAAGCUAUUCAGUGGCUCAGUUUUGCGGAAACAUUUUGCAAAAAAAAUGACUCUAUGACUGGUCGGAGCUUGUGGGUGGGAACCAGUCUUGGUUCUGUUCUCGUCGUUCUCCUCACUCUUCCAGCUAAUGGUGAUAAUCGCCUUACACAACCUGUAAUUGUUUCUCCUAGUGGAACCAUAUACAGGAUGAAAGGGUCCGUUCUUUCUGUGGCAUUUCUUGAUAGCAGUGGUGCUCUUAUUCCAUACCUUUCAGAAUCUUGGAAGGAUAUCAAUCGCAACAAUAACAAAGAAAAGGAUGACAAGAGAAUGAAAGCUCCUGUGAAUAACAGUUCAAAGAACCGAGCCUCUCCAACUUCGUCGUCUUCCGAAGUCAAAGAUAGCCAGUUUGUGGUGAUGGCUUCUGAGAAGCAGGCACGUGUAGUAGCUCUCCCAUCGCAAACGUGCGUGUACAAAGCAAAUCUGACCGACACAUCGUUUGUUGUUCGUGCAGAGGUUAUACCCAUGAAAUCACUCGAUAACGCUUGUCUAGCAUGCUACAUUGGUAAUGGAAAUAUAGUGGUCUAUAGCCUACCUAGUCUUAGGCUACUCUAUGAAGUCGACUUUCUGCCUUUGAUGGACAUGAGGAUUGCCAAGACUUUUUGUUUUAGCAAUAAUGGUCAUGGCUUAUACCUUUGUUCUGCCUCAGAAUUUCAGAAGUUUUCAAUAUCUGCAGCAUUCUGUGAAGUUCUUCAGGAUAUGCUUGGCACUUUAUUUCUAACGAAAGACAUGCCUGAGCCUCCUAAACAAGGCUUCUUCAAGGGAUUGUUUGGUGGAGGACCAAGUUUGCUUGAUAGAGAGGAGUUAUUUGGAGAAGCUAGUGGCAAGGCGUCGAAGAGUGUGGCACGUCAUAUUCCAGGGAACAGCAACCUGGAACAUGUCAAGGGACAAGCAGGAUCAUUAGCCGGAGAAUUAGCACGUGCUCGACAGGGCCUGACUGAGAGAGGAGAGGCUCUUGGUCUUCUAGAAGAACGUACAGCGAAGAUGAUGAGUGAAGCCGAAGUGUUCUCCAAUACGACCCACAACCUGUUAUUACGAUACAAAGACAAGAAAUGGUACCAGUUCUGACUUGGAUGUGACGAACUUAUUAAUGUGUUAACCUGAAAAGACGUGUUAAUAGGUCCUCGCUGGCAGGCAGAGUUCCAGCCUUCUCUGUGUAUCUCUGUGUUUAUGUUUGUGUGUGUAUGUGUGUGUGUUGGUUUUUGGUACAUUUACUGGUGUAACUUGGAAACCACUUCCACUGUCCUAAUCACCAUUUUACCACAGAAAUAAGGGGAAAUGUGUAUAAAUAUAUAAAUAAAUACAUAUAUAUAUAUAUAUAUUAAAUUUAAAAGAGAAAAAGAGGGUUUCUGAUUCUUGUCAGAGUUGCCUCGUACUUGUAUUAAAGGGCAAGUUGUUGAUGUAUCGAUGAGAAUCUAGUCUCCGUUACUGUCUUCUUAUCACUUUGGUGUGUAAAUGGUGUGAAAAGCUAUCUCCUGUUAACAAACAUUAAAGUUACUAUGUUUUUUUGUUGAGUAGAGUUGGGAUAACGUAGCUUUUCUUCCAACUAAUAUGUAUGCACAUAAGAGUGAAAUUUGAAAUCUCAUUGAACAUCGUACUUAGAGCUGUUACUUAGAAACAAUGAUGUGCCACAUACCUCCCCCUUCUCCCUUUGCUUUCCAACACUUGGGCAAUGUUUGUUAACGAAUAAAAUCGUAGAAUUUGAAACUAGUGUAAUAAUGUGUAGCUACUUUUGGACAAAGGACUUCAUAUGAACAGAGAAUGAUAAUGACUUUAGAAACGGUGGUGAGCUGCCAAGGACUGGCUUGUCAGAGUGUGCAAGUUGGUAUUUUAUGUGGUUGUACUUUGCGCUCGGCCCUAAAUGUACUUAUCUUUAUGGGCAAAACUCUUUUAAGAGUUUUCAGUGUGUGAUUUGUAAGAAAAGUGAAGAGGAAUUAGAAGAAUUUUACAAAUUUAGUAGUGACUAACCCAAGCUCUUUCACUCUGGGGGAUUGCUCCCAGUUGAUUAUCUAUUGUGAAUUAAAAUGUGUGGCAGGGAAAUAAAGGGGAUUAUAUCUUUGGUGCUUUUUUUUUUCUGUCAAAAUAGCUUAUCAAAUAGUCACUUUUAUGUGGUACUAUCCCCAUUUACGAAUCUGUGAAAAAAAAAAAAAAUGUAAAU